UGCGGGGAGGCGCUCGCCCCGCGCCGCGCAGCCUGUGCGUGCGGGAACGGCCCCCGCAGCCCAAGCGGACUCUGGAGCCGGCGGCAGCGCGCCUCUCGCUGGCGCCGGCGUCCAGCGCCCGGGGCCCGGCUGCGCGGCCAGCCCCGAGGGCUGCGGCGCCAGGGACCCGCGGGGCCUGCGCUUCCCCGCCGCCGCCUGCUGCCGCGAGGUCAUCGGGAUCGUAGCGUGCCAGCCGAUGCCCACUUUCCCGACUCUGGAUCUGGAUGGGAAGUUGGGGAAGAUGGAUAGGGUCGUGUUGGGGUGGACCGCUGUCUUCUGGUUAACAGCCAUGGUUGAAGGCCUCCAAGUCACAGUGCCUGACAAGAAGAAGGUGGCCAUGCUCUUCCAGCCUACCGUGCUCCGAUGCCACUUUUCCACGUCCUCCCACCAGCCGGCGGUGGUUCAGUGGAAGUUCAAAUCCUACUGCCAGGAUCGCAUGGGAGAAUCCUUGGGCAUGUCUUCUCCCAGGGCUCAAGCACUCAGCAAGAGGAACCUGGAAUGGGACCCCUACUUGGAUUGUUUAGACAGCAGAAGGACUGUCCGGGUGGUAGCUUCGAAACAGGGCUCGACGGUUACCCUGGGAGAUUUCUACAGGGGCAGAGAGAUCACGAUAGUUCAUGAUGCAGAUCUUCAGAUUGGAAAGCUCAUGUGGGGAGACAGUGGACUCUACUACUGUAUCAUCACCACCCCAGACGACCUGGAAGGCAAAAAUGAAGACUCGGUGGAACUGUUGGUGUUGGGCAGGACAGGGCUGCUUGCUGAUCUCUUGCCCAGUUUUGCUGUGGAGAUUAUGCCAGAGUGGGUGUUUGUCGGCCUGGUGAUCCUGGGGAUCUUCCUCUUCUUCGUGCUGGUGGGGAUCUGCUGGUGCCAAUGCUGCCCUCACAGUUGCUGCUGCUAUGUCCGCUGUCCAUGCUGCCCAGAUUCCUGCUGCUGCCCUCAGGCCUUGUAUGAAGCAGGGAAAGCAGCCAAGGCCGGGUUCCCUCCCUCUGUCUCCGGUGUCCCUGGCCCCUACUCCAUUCCCUCUGUCCCUUUGGGAGGAGCCCCCUCAUCUGGCAUGCUGAUGGACAAGCCGCAUCCACCUCCCUUGGCACCAAGUGAUUCCACUGGAGGAAACCACAGUGUUCGCAAAGGUUACCGGAUCCAGGCUGACAAAGAGAGAGACUCCAUGAAGGUCCUGUACUAUGUCGAGAAGGAGCUGGCUCAGUUUGAUCCAGCCAGGAGGAUGAGAGGCAGAUAUAACAACACCAUCUCGGAACUCAGCUCCCUGCAUGAUGAUGACAGCAAUUUCCGCCAGUCUUACCACCAGAUGCGGAAUAAGCAGUUCCCUAUGUCUGGGGACCUAGACAGCAAUCCUGACUACUGGUCAGGGGUCAUGGGAGGCAACAGUGGGACCAACAGGGCACCAGCCCUGGAGUAUAACAAAGAGGACCGUGAGAGCUUCAGACACAGCCAGCCGCGCUCCAAAUCCGAGAUGCUGUCGCGGAAGAACUUCGCCACCGGCGUGCCGGCCGUGUCGAUGGACGAGCUGGCAGCCUUCGCAGAUUCCUACGGCCAGCGGUCGCGGCGCGGCAACGGCAACAGCCACGAGGCGCGGGCGGGGAGCCGCUUCGAGCGCUCCGAGUCGCGGGCCCACGGUGCCUUCUACCAGGACGGCUCGCUGGAUGAGUACUACGGGCGCGGGCGCAGUCGCGAGCCGCCGGGAGACGGGGAGCGCGGCUGGACCUACAGCCCCGCACCCGCACGCCGCCGGCCGCCGGAGGAUGCGCCCCUGCCGCGCCUGGUGAGCCGGACGCCGGGCACCGCGCCCAAGUACGAUCACUCGUACCUGAGCAGCGUGCUGGAGCGCCAGGCACGGCCGGAGAGCAGCAGCCGCGGGGGCAGCCUGGAGACGCCGUCCAAGCUGGGCGCGCAGCUCGGUCCGCGCAGCGCAUCCUACUACGCCUGGUCGCCGCCAGCCACCUACAAGGCUGGGGCCAGCGAGGGCGAAGACGAGGACGACGCGGCGGAUGAGGACGCGCUGCCACCCUACAGCGAGCUGGAGCUGAGCCGCGGGGAGCUGAGCCGGGGCCCGUCCUACCGUGGGCGUGACCUGUCCUUCCACAGCAACUCGGAGAAGAGGAGGAAAAAGGAGCCCGCCAAGAAAACCGGCGACUUUCCAACCAGGAUGUCCCUGGUAGUCUGAUACUUUUAAGACACCUCUCUGUUUGACUGGAAAUGAGAUGCAGACUACGGAGACAGGACCCAGAUCUGAGAGCCGGCAAGCCUAGGACUUUCUCUGACCAGCAACCACCUUGGAAGCUUUGCUGAUUUCUUCUUUGGCAAGGGAUCCUCCUUUAAGAAGGCUGAUUUCAAAUCUUAGUGCCCAAACAUCUUGAGCAACUUACCAAGAAAACGCUGUGUGAGAUCAUAACACGUAAUAACCCACCGAGUUUAUCUUGCCCCUCCCCCAUCCCAUUUCCUUAGCAGAAACAAGACUCUGUGUCCAGUUCUGAAGCAGGUAGUUUUGGACCCCUGAUCUCUAGAAAUUACCUAUGCCUGCAGUAUGUUUUUCUACGAGUGCUGUUCUGUGCUUAGAGACAGAGGGAUUCAUUACUACUGUUAGAAGACCUUCUGCUCGCAAGAGAGAUAAAUGGUGAAAUGUACCUUGUAUCCCCGUUGCUUCCAGUCACUGGUCAAUGAGUCUUGUUAUGCUAAAAUCAGAAGGCCUUUUAGUGAGCUUAGUGAAAAUGACCUCCUGGACAAUCACAGAAAUGGCUUCAAUUUACUGCUCUGACUCAUGAUUCUAAGUGGCUGGAACAAACAGAGGAGAGCAUUUUGAAACACAGUCUUAAGUGCUCUUUCUUUUUCCAUUCGGAGGACGCAAACUGCUUUUCAUCUUUCUGUUGCACACAGUGACAAUCCUAAGGCUCCCCUACUCCGCCCCUCCCUCCACCCUCUCUUCCCUCCCUCUCCUGGUCUUUUCAGGGCUGGUGCCUCUGAGGGUGUUCCACACCAUUCUUCAGUGUGAACAAGCUUGUCCUCAGGUGCCUUUGACCGAUGUUUCAAACACAGGUUUGAGAGAGGAGAAAAGCAGAAGUCGGUGAUGCAAGAUGAAGAACGGGAAAUGAUAUGUCGUCUCCUUAUAUUUUGAAUGUGGGUUGUUUCCCCACAAACACACUCAGACUAGGCCCCAGCGAUGUGGUGUCCACAUCGUUUGGCCUCACUGGCCCGCGCCACCAUAGAUGCUUUGGGCAGAAGAAGAUACCUCAGCAAGAAGCCCUUCCUCUUCCUACCGUUGCAAAAAAUAAAAUUGAUUUUUGCCUGAAUCCCAAGUUGGACUUUUGUAGGUAAACUGAGAAAGUCGCCACAAACUCUUCCUCUCAUGUUCCUGUGAAGGGAUUUGUCCUCUUGCUGCCACAGACCCUGCCAAAUGCACCUAAACUAUCCCACAUGGUGAGAGAAGAGCCUGGGCACGGCGGCCAUUAUCUGUGCCCGUCUUAUCAACUCUAAGCAGACAUGGAAGAACAACUAGCCACAACCAACAGAAGAACUAUCUAGCCAAGCAGAGCCCAAACUGGGGAUUCCCACUUGAGAGGAGAAGUUCGGUAUUCCUACGUGUUCAUUUAUCAUCAAGGAUAAACUUCCCAUCAGAAUUCUUGGCUCUGACACACAACCUUCGAUUUUGUUAGCAGACUUUUCAAUCUGCAUUGUUCUGGUGAGACACGUGACUGGGUGAAGAGAGGCUGGAGCAAGGAGAUGCUUGCCAUCCCUUAAUCCAGUGGUGGUCUAGUCUCAACUUAUUGAUCCAUGGGUAGCCUCUGAUUGGCUGGUCAGCAUUUCCAUCGCCACCUGACUGGAAAUCCAGAGAGCAUUCUGUUUGCAUCUCUUGUACUUCAUGAGAUUUCCAGAAAAGGUCCUCUGUGUGUGAUGUAAGAAGCUGCUGGGUUAGGGUGGGGUUGGGGAGGGAGAAUCAUUGCUUAGAGGAGAACUGGCCUGCCAAAGGACUUCACGGUUGCUUUGGCCUGCCCUAGAUGGACCAGGAGGAUACUUCAGCCCAAUGCUGGCACUUCCAAGGGCUGGAAGACAAAAGCCAUAACUCUGGUGCUGAGUUCUAGACUUGCUAGUGUCCCUGGCCUCAGAAGACCUAAGUCUGAUCUGUCUGUUUGGGCUCUAAAUCAAUAUGGCAAAGACGUCAUUUCUUAAUCACCAGCUUUUGAUUUCAACUUGCUCAGGCACUUUUGAAGAAUAUUGGAUAGCCACAGCAGCUAUUGCAGUAGCACACUGAGCACUGUGUCAGGCUUCUUACCACCAAAGAGCCCCAUAGCACAGGCCACAGAGACCAAAUAUAUUGCCUUGUAGAGCCAGGGGCAUGCAUGAGCUUACAGAAGGCUGGGGGGAGCAAUACAUUUAAGAAAAAAAAGUUAAAAUUGGAAACAUAAAAGUUCUAAUGACAAGUCUAUAGGCUGACAAAUUUGAAAAAGAAAUUUCAAUGUAUAGAAGAUAACAGGCUUUCAAAAUAACUGGGGGAAAGUGGAGCACAGGUUGUUCUUUGUAGGGCUGCAUGAAUCAUGUGGGCUUCCAGACCUUCGGGGGAGAGGAAGAGCAGUUGCUUCUAGGUGCGUGGAUAGGAGAUGAACUGAAUGGCCAAGGCUGAGUCGGCUGUCCUUGGUGCCCUCCACAUUUCUUCACACACCCCUUUGUGUCUUCUCCAAAUACUGUGUCCUGCACAGGAAGUGCCUAUGCGUAUUAGUUCCUUUCCUGUUUUUCUAGGGUGUAAAGAAAGUCUCAUAGACAGAGGUGAUCUCCGUCCACUGAUUCCCUACAAUGUAUGAAGGAAGAUAAGUCAUGCCCAAGAAAGGAUGAGUAUUUUUAUGCGUAUGAUAAGAAAUAGUGCUAUGGAUAAAUUAUAAUAAACCCAGAGAUUUAAAGUUUUCUUUAAAAAAAAAAACUUAAAUGGGAAUAUUUUGAUAUUUAAGUGUUGUGUGUUUGUCCAUCCAUCCCAGUUUUUUAGGACGUGCUCAGUGAUCUGCAAAGCCAGACUGUAGAAGUCUGAGCUGAAAGGAGGUGAAGGAGAAGAGAGAGGGAUGAGUGGCCUCAGGGAGAGGGGGAGGUGGGUAGAGGCCUGCUGCAGGAGCUUCUGUCUCUGCCUGUGACUCACAGCUGAGUCAGGGACAAGCUGGAGGAGGGAGUGUGGAAGCCGGUGGCAGGAGGGGUCCCCUGGUGCUCAGAGUUCUUCUCUAGGCCAUGUAUAGACCUAUUAGGAGACUCAGAACAGUAUUCAGUUCUUCCACCCAAGCAAGCCCAGGGGAACUCAGGAUCUAGUCCUCCAGGCACUUGUAUCUACAGCUUGGGGUGUAGUAGCACCUCACAUGGGUUGGGAACCUCAGCCCUUCUCAUGAUCCUCACUCUGCACGUGGUGUAGGGAUGGGCACCCCAGGGUGAGAGAGGGCUGGCGCUACAUAUAAAAAUCUGGUUAGAUCUGAAGCAGUCUUUGAGAGGAGCGGAGUAACAGAAACUGCUUAGGUUCAUCCACUCUCCUUCCAUUUUUAAAUAGAUGGAUAAGCCAUUAUCCCCAUUUAUGGAGUCACAAACCUGUCAGAUCUUUAGAUUCCCAAUCUACAGGCCUUUCCUGUUGGAUCUGUGUUUUACAAAAUUGCCUGGCCUGGAAUUACUCGCCUAGGGACUGGAGAGAGAUGGCUCAGCAGUCAAAAACACUGACUGCUUUAGCAGAGGACCUGAGUUUGGUUCCCAGCCCUUCAUGAUGCUCCCAGCUGUCUGUAACUCUAGUUCCAGGGACCCACUGGUCUCGUAGAGCAUCUGGGAACACUAAACUCACAUGGGACACAUAUGUAUGCCAUCAAAAACACGCAGACACACAAAACAAAAAUAAAUACAUCGUUGAAAACUGAAAAAGAAAGGGGCUGGAGAGAUGGCUCUGUGAUUACAGGUGCUGGUUACUCUUCCAGAGGAUCCACAUUCAUUUUCCAGCACAUGGAGCCUCCCAGUUCCAGUUCUGGGGCAUCUGAUAUCCUCUUCUGGCCUCUGUAGGUACUGCGCGCGCGCACACACACACACACACACACACACACACACACACGAAGGCAAAAUACACACAUAAAAAAGAAAUAAAGCAUUUAAAAACACUUGGUAAAACAAUUACUUGCCUAUGGGACUGGGGAUGUGACUCAGUUGGUAGAGCGCUUGAUUAGCAUGCACGAAGCCCUGAUUCAAAUCCCUAGCACUAUAAACCAGGGGUAGUAACACAUGCCUGUGAUCCCAACAUUUGGGAGGUAAAGGCAGGAGAGUUAGAAGUUCAAGGUCAUCCUGGGCUACGUGGUGAGUUCAAGGCCAACUUGGGCUGUACGAUGCUCUGCCUUAAAGAACCAAACAGUAAAAACAUCAAUUAAAGAACACAAGGAUUACUGACUGCCACUGUCAAAAAUGCUGUUGGGCUCUGCCUUGGAGACUGGAUGGGUGGAUCUGGAGUAAGGAUUUGUACUCUGAACAUACGCUUUCAGAGAGCCUGGUGGUAGAUGCAUUUGGGUGGUGUUACACCGGAUUGUACCUCUGGCGCCACCCCUAUCUGCUGGCCAGGAGUAUUGUUUGCGCUGUAGAUUAUUUUAUCCCAAUAUCACUGUGAGGUCCUUCUAACCCUAUUAGGGCUGGCACUGGUGUGGUACCCAGCAAUCCCAGCUAUGACACUGAGAACUGGCUCUGGUUCCUCAGAGUCCAGUUGAAAGGAACCAUUUAAAGGGAGAAGGUUGGAAGCCCUCCCCCAGGAGACUUCUUGAGAUGUUCCAACUCCCAGAAUAGUGAUGUGUUGUGACAGGCUGAGAUCAGACAACAGAAAUUACAGACAAUUUUCUUAUUCCCAUACCAUCCCGAAUAAAACUUAGCUCAUGAAUAGAAGAAAAAGCCAUCAGGGAGAAUGGCAGAUGUAAAUAAUUUUAAAGGGUACAAAUGAACAGCUUUGCUAAUGACAUGACUUUCAUGUUAGGACCAAAAGUGGGUGGAGGAAAAAUAGUAAAAUAUACAUUACCCCUUCAAAAAUUGAUUCAAUUGCAGCCAGAAUCUUAAGGGAGUUUAGAAGUGAUGUAUAGAAUAUAGGAAUCAUCCAUGGAAAUUCUAAGGUCUUAGAAGCAAAUGUGCCUGGUGUUCCCUGCCGGGACCCUACCUCCUAGUCACUUGGGACGACCAGUGAAGCUCAAAGGCCCUAGUAGCAUCAAAGGUGAGUAAGAAGCAGUUGAAUUGCUUUAAGCAACAGCCUGAGGUUGGCAUGGAUGGGGUAUGUUUGUUCUUCGCAGCAAGCCCCGUCUAUUCCCAUCUUACACAAUGUGGAGCUGAGGCUGAAGAUGCCAAGUGACCACCUAUUGCCAAAUAGCAUUUAGUCUUUAGACAGCCUUCUGGCUGUCUAGGGGUCUUUCCUAUUCCCACAGUAAUCACAGGCCCGGCCUCCAGCGUGUUCUCUUCACAACCAGAUGGGUAGUGGGGGAGAGCCCUGACUCGAUAGUCACUCACACGUCAUUGGUGAGGAGAAGCUAUGAAGGCAGGGGUUUGCCACUUCAUCUAUCUACACGAGGUUCCUUAAGUCUGCCCUGAGAGGGAGGUGCCUUUGCUGGGAGGAUCUUCAUCCUCAGCACCAAGCCAUGAGGGGGAAAGGCUUUGACAAAAGUGUUUCCACUUUCGGCAUUCUUCUCAAAGAGGAAUUUCUAAGCCGAGCUACAGAUUCAUCCAGGCUCAGAAUUCCAUAGUUGUGGGCAGGAGCUGUCUGUCAUCUUCACUACACUUUGAGAUCCAUUUUUUUUUUUUUAAGGUAGAACUGGAGAACCCAGAUCUAGAGGGGAUAAAGAAGAUGAGAAGGAUAAAGUUGUGGCAGUUGAGCUAAAAAGUCAUGUUCGAGUUUUUGGUGGGGCUGAUUGGCUGGGGGUAACUGUGGUCUGACCCCUUUUAUCUAGAAGGUUGGGAAAGAUACCCAUAGCUUCUCCCUUGCCGUGUUUAUUAACAAAGACGUUAGACACUACUCCAUGAGAAAUUUCCUUGUGAAAAUAAAGAUCAUGACAUCCAGACAGUGGGGCGCAAAGACACCGACUUCACAGGAGUCACCUGCCCAGUUGUUUUUGUGCCUUGUCUGUGACAUCCAAACUGAAAUGUUUAUAUCACUGUCACUCAUGAUUUUUUUCCUAUGUCAAACGUACAAAACGCAUUUGAUUGUAAUGUUUUAAAGUAAAUAAAGCAUUUCAUCUAC